GGCGCAUGCGCAGUGGGCGGAGCCUCCGGAAGUCCUGACGGGAAGGUCUUUUUGUUUGGGCCACUGAGAGACUCGUCACCUGCUUUCAUUCCUCUAGUUCAAUACCGUUUUUUAUCUGCAUUAAUUUCGAGAGUCUUUUAUGAAUAAUCAAAAGCAGCAAAAGCCAACGCUAACCGGCCAGCGUUUCAAAACGAGGAAAAGAGAUGAAAAGGAGAGAUUUGACCCUACUCAGUUUCAAGAAAGUAUCGUACAAGGCUUGAAUCAAACUGGCACUGAUUUGGAAGCGGUUGCGAAGUUCCUUGAUGCCUCUGGCGCCAAGCUUGACUACCGCCGAUAUGCAGAGACACUCUUUGACAUCCUGGUGGCUGGCGGAAUGCUGGCCCCAGGAGGGACUCUAUCUGACGACAUGACCCGCACCGAGUACUGCCUCUUUACGGCACAAGAAGACCUGGAGACCAUGCAAGCAUAUGCUCAGGUUUUUAACAAGCUGAUCAGGCGUUACAAGUACCUGGAGAAGGGUUUCGAAGAGGAGAUCAAGAAGUUGCUGCUGUUUCUUAAGGGGUUCACUGAAUCCGAGCGCAACAAGCUGGCCAUGCUGACCGGCAUCCUGCUGGGCAAUGGCAACAUAUCAGCCUCCAUCCUGAACAGCCUCUUCAACGAGAACCUCGUCAAAGAAGGAGUAUCUGCUGCCUUCGCCGUUAAGCUGUUUUCCACUUGGAUCACCGAAAAGGACAUCAACUCAGUCGCCGGCAGUCUCCGCAAAGUCGGCAUGGACAACAGGCUGAUGGAGCUCUUUCCUGCCAACAAACGGAGCUGCGAGCAUUUUUCUAAGUACUUCACCGACGCCGGGCUGAAGGAGCUGUCCGACUUCGCCCGUAACCAGCAAUCCAUUGGCGCCCGUAAGGAGCUGCAGAAGGAGCUCCAGGAGCAGAUGGCCCGUGGUGACCCUCAGAAGGAGAUUAUCGCCUUCACCAAAGAGGAGAUGAAAAAGUCCAACCUCUCUGAGCAGACCAUGAUCAGCAUCAUCUGGACCAGCGUGAUGAGCUGCGUGGAGUGGAACAAGAAGGAGGAGCUGGUGACCGAACAAGCCAUCAAACACUUGAAGCAAUACAGCCUCCUGCUGAAAGCCUUCACCUCCCAGGGUCUGUCUGAGCUCAGCUUAAUGCUGAAGAUCCAGGAGUACUGCUACGACAACAUCCACUUCAUGAAGGCCUUUCAGAAGAUUGUGGUGCUGCUCUACAAAGCGGAUGUAUUAAGCGAAGAGGCCAUACUGAAGUGGUACAACGAGGCCCACCUUGCCAAGGGGAAGAGCUUUUUCCUCGAGCAGAUGAAAAAAUUCGUGGAGUGGCUGAAAAACGCAGAGGAAGAGUCUGAAUCCGAAGAGGAGGAGACAGACUAAAACCUCUGCCGCCAGAUGAGCUUUUUUUUUUCUUCUUCUUCUUUUUUUUUUUUUUUUAUAAGUAGCAGCAGGAGCAGUAAACGUGUUUUCCCUUCUUUCUCUUCUACCUCCUGUUACUUAUUCUUUCUCCCUCAAAGCAAACACCUCGUCCUCCCUACACAAACAUUUAAAUGUUCUUUUUAACAAAUAAGAAGGGCUGAGUCCUGAUCCGUAACCUGUUCAGGUCACGUGGUAAAAGAUAUAACUCCUCCCCUCUUUACUUUCGGUAUUCUUAUUGUUGUAAUUUGGAGAAACAACAUUCCAUGUGACUCGCAGGUCCCUGCUGAAGGACAGAUCUGAACCGAGCUUUGAUAGAGGUCGCGUUUUUGCCAAGCGACGACGACGGCAGAUGAAAAACAUUUUGCCAAAGUUUAUUUUUCCCCUUCUGACUUUUUUCUUUUUCUUCUUAUUUUGCCCGGCUCACGUUUCGGCUCCUGUUGGGUGUAAACUUCGCCUUCUCUCUUGACUUUCGGGUAAACCUGUACCGCGUGUCGAGGUCGCUCUGGUCGUACCGUCAGAAGACACGCCCCCCUGUAAGAGGCCUCGCCAGCUAACGGAUUAUUAUUGGUUUCUACUUUCUUUAAUCUGAUAUAAAACGAUUGACUUUUUUAUGAAAUAAAGAUUAUUGAAAUGUUCA